AUGAAAAUUCAAAUCCAUCAAUUCCCCGGGGUGAUGACAAGUCUAUCAAAGCUUUAUGAGUUACAUUGCACCUCAAAUAUCGAUCCAAUGAUCUUUUACGGGUUGGCUCAAAUCUGUAGAUUCAUAGAAAAGUUUAACAUAACCUUAUCAGGUGAUAAUCCUGGACUUGCCAUCUUGAUCGAAAAACAACAGAGAAUAAAAUACCUUCAACUUAAUUUACAGUAUGAAAAUGAUUUUUAUAAGGAAAGUGGUGAAUUCGAAAGGUAUGCUAGAAAUGAUAACAAUAAACAUAAAUAUGAAAGGUUGGAUGUUCACAUCCUCCUUACUAAUGCUCAGGAUCUCUUUGAAUUCGAAAAAUUGUUAAUCAAUUGUCAAAACUUGGAGAGAAUUAUCAUAGAUCCCUAUUUUGAAGAUAAUAAUAAGAUCGAUAGUAAUCAAUUAUUGGACAUAUUAAUUAAUUCGUCCCCCAUUAGCUUAUAUAAAAUUCAUAUCGGGAAUAGUUUAGAAUUUACCAUAGAUGCCUUGGAUUUAUUUUUUAAAAAAUGGCAAGGGAGAAAGCCUUUAUGGUUAUCUCCCGUUAAAUUGGUCGGUGAAUAUAUUAAUUGGGAUGAUAUUGAGAACAUCAAUGAUGAUGAAAUAAAUAUUUGUAAUGACAGCAUGAUUCCAAUAUUACCAAUCUCUGCAAAAGAAUUUGCAAGAUUUAUGAGUAGAUUUAAUCUAAAAUAUAAAGAAAGAUUAGGAGUCGCUGUGUCAGGAGGGGUGGAUAGCAUGGCAUUAUGUUACUUAUUAAACCAAUAUUGUAAAAAAUCGGAACAUCAAAUUACGGCAUUUAUCAUAGAUCAUCAAUUAAGAAGAGAGAGUACAAAUGAGGCAUUUCAAGUUUCUAAUGCUUUAUCACAGUUGGAAAUCGAUAAUAAAAUAAUGAGAAUUCAAUGGAAAGAGCAUGAUACAUCAAAUCUUAAUGAUUUCGUUUCUCCAUUUCCAACCAAAUCUCAAUAUGAAACAUUUGCUAGGAUUGAGAGGUAUAAAUUAUUAGCAAAAGGUUGUCAUGAGAAUAAGAUUUCUUCAUUGUUUGUAGGACAUCACUUAAAUGAUCAAUUAGAAACUUUAAUCAUGAGAUUAUCAAGAGGAAGCGGAAUUGAUGGACUAGCUUCAAUUUCGAUGAUUGAUAAAUUUCCUGUUAUAAGAAACGUUGAAGCCAUUGAAUUGCAAAUUAUUAGACCUUUAUUAUCUGUUACCAAGGAUAGAUUAAUAAAAACUUGUGUUGAAGCAAAUAUACCAUGGAUUGAGGAUCCUUCAAAUCAAUCAACAGAUCAUAAAAGAAAUAUUGUAAGAUUUUCAUUAAAUAAAUUAAAUAAAAGAUAUCUUGUUGAAGGAUUGAGAGAAUAUGAACCUUUGUCUACAGGAGGAUUGUUAAGGUUCAUGAAUCACAUGAAAGAUCACAAGAAUUAUAUAAAUUCCCAAGUGAACAAAAUCAUAAGGAAUAAAGAAUAUUCAAAAAUUAAUUUUGAUAAUAAUAAUGGAAUUUGUUCACUAUCUUUACCAAAUCCAAUUCCUUCUUCUCAUUGGAUUUUAAAAAAACAUUUAGCUACAAGGAUAAUAAGCAGAAUAAUAAGAUUUGUUAAAUGUUCAGAACAACCUUUAAGAUUAGAAUCUAUACUAAAAUUUUAUAAUCAUAUUUUAUCAUCAUCAUCUUCAUUACAUGAUAUGAAUUUGAAUUACAAUAUCACAUUAAAUAAGAUUUUAUUGUAUUGUAAAAAAGUUCCUGUUCAUAUUAAAAUCUUUGAAAAUGGUUUUUAUAAUCAUUGGAUAUUUUGUAGACAACCAUUCACAUCCUUAGAAGAAAAAAAAAAUAUUAUAAAUAUUCAACAUGAUCAAGUUAUAUUAUGGGAUAAUAGAUUUUUUAUAGGAAUAAAUAUCAAAAAUAAUCAAACCGAUUUAUUCAAAAAUCAAAUACAACAGAAAAUAAUUUCUUUAUCACCACAAUAUUAUAUAAGAAGAUUACAUAGUAAAGAUAUUUAUAAUAUAUUUGAGAAAAAGAAAAAUAAUCACAAAAAUAUAAAUAUUAUAUAUAAAAAUAUAAUUGAAGAAUAUAAAAAAAAUGUACCUUAUAUUGCUAGACAUAAUAUUCCUGUAAUUAUAAAAAAGUGGCAUUGGAUUUCUUUAGAUGGUAAUUUACAUGAAAAUGAAAAAAUUAUUAACAUUCCAACUUUGAAAAUAUCAUUGAAUCAAGAAAAUAUUUAUUGUUGGGUUAAAUUUCGAGGAAAUAUUUUUAUUGAUACAAAUGAUAAAAAAAUAAGUUAA